UUGCUCUGGUUGAUGAUCAUGGCUAUCUGCAUGUUUGUUGGCUCUUUUCUCGCAGGGUUUCUUCCUCUUGCCAUGUCUCUCUCUCAGGAACGUCUUAGACUUAUCUCCACCUUUGGCUCUGGUCUUUUGGUAGGCACCUCUCUCGUUGUCAUCAUUCCAGAGGGCACCGAGACUCUAUACUCUGCUGCCAGUGCAUUCAGUGCUAGUCAUCCCUCUAUCAAGAGUCUUGCUUUUGGCUCGGAUUUAUCAAAAGAAUUCAAGACCGCUCAUCUCUAUCCUCGAUACUAUUUAAAUCACUCAGACUAUUCCAAUACUCUCGAGGAUGAUGUACCAACUACAAUGGUUGCAUUGGAUGAUGGUAUGGAAACUGGUGAUUCAGAUCCUAAACAUUCUCACAACAACUCCCAUCAUCAAGUCAUUCAGCCACAUAAAUAUAUUGGUCCAUCAUUGCUUUUUGGAUUUACAUGUAUGUUUUUGGUCGAUCAGGUUUCGAGCCAUUCACAUCCGUCGCGUAUCGUCGUAUCGGAUCUACGAGAUCAGCACUCUUAUACCACAAAAAAGUUAUCUGCUACAAUUGGAUUAGUAGUUCAUGCUGCUGCUGAUGGUAUUGCGCUGGGUGCUGCAUCUACUUCGGAUAAACUUGAAUUGAUUGUUUUUGCUGCAAUCAUGCUUCACAAGGCACCAUCUGCAUUCGGUCUGUGCACCUAUUUGCUUCAGGAAGGACAUUCACGCCGGGCUAUUCGGCAACAACUACUGAUAUUCUCUGCUGCUGCUCCAAUCUCGGCAAUGAUUACAUUUCUGGCUCUAUUUCAAGCGGACUUGUCAGAUCCUUAUAGUACACAACUGUGGACAGGUAUACUGUUGCUCUUUUCUGCUGGAACAUUUCUUUAUGUUGCCACCAUCCACGUUUUGCCAGAA